AUGGCUUCAGAGGACUCUUCUGAAUAUAUCAGAGUGAAAGAAGCCAUCUUGACAAAGUAUGAGAUAAAUGAGGAAGUAUACCGACAAUGGUUCCGAGAGCCUGAUGUACGUGGAAGCGAGACGCCUCAGGAGUUCUAUAAUCGUUUGAAAGAUCUUUAUGUCAAGUGGAUGCACCCUGAAAGGAGAAGAAAGAAAGAGAUUGGUGAAAUCCUCAUCCUGGAACAGUUCUAUCGUUCUCUUUCACCUGAAAUCAGGGUGUGGGUUAAAGAGAGAAAUCCAACUUCAGCUCGGAAUGCAGCAGACUUGGUGGAGAACUACCUGGCUGCACGCCGGGGACCAAAGACCUUCAGGUUUAGCCUUCAACAGAAGUCCAGUCCUUCACAGAGUAAGUCUGGGGGGUCUGGUGUGGGUGGUGGUCCAGGGCAGAUGGCAGGUAGGGAGAAACAACGAGAGGCAAGUGUUCCCUUUAAUAAAACUACGCUACCAGCAAAACCUGUGGUUUGUUAUGUUUGUGGUCAAGUAGGACAUAUAAAACCUGACUGUCCUUUAAGGAGAGCUAAAUCUGCAUAUUUCUGCACAGUGCCACGGCCAGCUUUUGCACAAAAUCUGCAGCAGGGGAGAAAACAGCUGCUGGAAAUUAAAGUGGAUAGAAAACCAGCAACUGCCUUGUUAGAUACAGGAAGUGUUCAGACGUUGGUUCAUCCUUCCCUUUUGACCAACCAGCCCUACUUUGAAGGCCCUGGCCUCAAUAUCUCCUGUGUUCAUGGGGAUCAUAAAACUUACCCCACAGCUGUCGUGUUUUUGGAGGUUGUCAACCAAACUUUUCUCCUAAGUGUGGGUGUAGUGGCAGGUUUAGCCCAUCAGGUAAUUUUGGGGCAGGACAUUCCCAUCUUACAGGAGUUGGUUCAAUCAUGUAAACCCGUGUAUGUUGUAACCAGAUCACAAAGUAGAAAUCAAACUUUAGCUGAUGAGGAUGGUUCGGAAUCUGAACGCAUUGGGGACAAGAUGGGACCAGACCAGCAAUGCGGUUCUGGGAGUGAUGGUGAGCAACAUUCUUUGCGUGAACUGCCGUUCUUUAAAUCUGAGCUCCCUACAGAGCACCCUGUUAAGGCUAGGAAGAGCAAAAAGCAAAGGCGGCUACUUAAAAUGGCUGGUACUGUUAAACACACAUCUCUGGGGUUUCCGAAAGUUGAUGUGGGUGGGGUGGAUGAACCAGUGGACUUCAAGCAGUUGCAAAAGCAGGAUGAAUCACUACACAGUUUUUUUGAACAGGCAGUAUCAAUCACAGAGAAGGAUAAUGCACAUCCCAAUGGGGAAGGAUACGUUCUUACAGACGGGGUGCUUUUUCACAAAUCUAGAGGAACAGGGUCAGAGAAACUAGUGGUACCUAAAAUGCUUAGGGAACAGGUUUUAAAGCUGGGGCACAGUAUUCCAUGGGCAGGGCACUUGGGUUUCAAGAAGACUUUUGAUAGAAUCUCAAAUAGGUUUUACUGGCCAGGCAUUCAGAAGGAGGUGCAGCAGUAUUGCCAGUCAUGUCCAGUGUGCCAGAUGUCAGGAGGAAAGAAUGUUCCCAAGUAUCCCCUGCAACCCCUGCCUAUUAUUGAUGUCCCCUUUAAAAAAAUAGGUAUGGACAUUGUAGGACCCCUUGAGAGAACCCAAGCAGGGAAUCGCUUUAUCCUGGUUAUAUGUGACUAUAGCACGCGUUACCCUGAAGCUUUUCCUCUUAGGAACAUCACUGCUAAACAGGUAGCCUAUGCGUUGCUCCAACUGUUUUCUAGGGUGGGAAUCCCAGCAGAAAUCUUAACUGACCAAGGUACUAACUUUUUGUCCAACACACUGAAGCAAGUCUAUAGACUGUUAGGCAUUAAGGGUAUUCGGACCACCCCCUACCACCCCCAGACUGAUGGUCUAGUGGAACGUUAUAACAGGACCUUAAAGAGCAUGUUAAAGAAGUUCAUUUCCAUCAGUGGGAAAGACUGGGACAAGUGGUUGCCCUAUUUGCUUUUUGCAUACCGGGAAGUCCCUCAGGCUUCCACUGGGUUUUCACCAUUUGAACUUCUCUAUGGCAGGCAGCUAAGGGGUCCUCUGGACAUCCUUCAGGAGUCAUGGGUUGGGCCAAGGGGUGAGCCGACUAAUGUUGUCAGUCAUGUUUUGAAAAUGAGGGAGAAGAUGGAGGAAGCAACCAACCUUGUGAGGAACCAACUGGAAAGGGUGCAACAGCAACAACAAACCUGGUAUGACAAGACAGCCAGGCAGAGAGUCUUCAACCCAGGUCAGAAGGUUCUUUUACUACUUCCUACAUCAAAAGAUUCCCCACAUUAACCCCCCAAUCCAAUAAUGCUGAGUGUCAAGCAGGGAGGCAUUGGGUCCCAUUUUUUUCUAAGUCUUUGGUAUGACCCGACCAGGAAUUGAACCCUGAUCUCCCAGUCUCAGGGCGGACACUCUACCACUAGGCCACUGAGCUGGUUUUACUAGGCCACUGAGCUGGUUUUGUCACCAUUGCUUUUGUACCUUUUCUCACUUUGAUGUCUUUA